AUGGAUGGAGUGUAUUUGGAUGAGAAAGGGGACCUGGCAGCUGACUUGGACAUUGUCAACUGGGUGAAGUUUCCCAACAGUUCUGUCAUAAGAGUGAAAGUUGGGAGCAUAGAAAGACAGGGGUCGUCUGGACGCAAAUGCACCAUUGACCAAGAUGCCAUCAAGUGGCCCAAAUGGCUCAACAAGCCCCUGCCACAUGCAAGGUGUGUGGAAAGCUGCCGCCCUGGAUUCUUCAAGGUGGUUCAGGAAGAAAAGCCCGUUUGCUGCUAUGACUGCACUCCCUGCCCAGAAGGGACUAUCUCCUCUAAGGAAGAUGCUGACCAUUGCACCAGGUGUCCAGAUGAUCAGCAUCCAAGCAAAAACCGAACCCAAUGUAUCCCCAAGAGGAUUACCUUUCUGUCCUAUAAAGAAUCUCUUGGGAUCAUCCUGGCUUCCAUGGCCCUCAUACUAUCCUUAUCCACAGGACUUGUGUUAGGAAUCUUCAUUAAAUUUCAAGAAUCCCCAGUCGUCAAAGCCAACAACCGGAAUCUCUCCUACAUUCUUCUGAUUGCCCUCCUGCUUUCCUUCUCCUCCUCCUUCCUCUUCAUUGGACUGCCCAGGAAACUGACCUGCCUUCUCCGACAAAAAGCCUUCAGCAUCAUCUUCUCAGUUGCUGUCUCUUCUCUCUUAGCCAAAACAAUUACCGUGGUAUUGGCCUUCUUGGCCACCAAGCCAGGCAACAGGGCAAGAAACUGGUUGGGGAAGACUUUGGCCAAUUCCAUCGUCAUUGUGUAUUCCAGCAUCCAAGUUGUCAUCUGCUUCAUCUGGCUGGGAACGUCUCCUCCCUUUCCUGACACUGACAUGCACGCUCAACUUGAUCAGAUCAUCCUGCAAUGCAACGAAGGCUCUGUGACCAUGUUCUACACUGCCCUCGGUUACAUGGGCUUCUUGGCUGCCGUUUGCUUCACAGUGGCUUUCCUUGCCAGGAAGCUGCCUGGGGCCUUCAAUGAGGCCAAGCUGAUCACCUUCAGCAUGCUAGUCUUCUGCAGCAUCUGGGUGUCCUUUGUGCCCACAUACCUAAGCACCAAGGGGAAAUACAUGGUGGCUGUGCAGGUCUUUUCCAUCUUGGCCUCCAGUGUUGGGCUGUUGGGCUGCAUUUUCCUUCCCAAGUGCUACAUUAUUAUCCUACGACCUGAUCUGAAUACAAAGGAACAUCUCAUGAUGAAAACUAAAGUAUAA